UUCAAAACUUAGCAAGAGAGAGGGAGGAGAACCGAAGGGGAGGAAGAGGAGGAAGAAGAACACCAACAGAAGUUAAAAAUAAGAGGUGCUUCAACUUUUGUUUCUCUUUUCCUUCUUUGUUUUACAAUAUCAAUGCUUAAAAAACUCUAGCUUUUCUCUUUCUCUCUCUAUGCAUCGAUCGGAAUCAAAAUCCUCUUGGUUUUUUGGAACUUCUUGGUGGAAAUCUCGAGCUUGGUGGAAUCGAAGUGCUUUUUCUUGGAAUUUUAGGUUUUGGAGAUUGUAGAUUGGAAUUUGGAUCUUAAAGUGGUUCAAUUCGAGUUUAUUUAAGGCAAUUUGUGAGAUUAUUUGGUGGAUUUUCAGCUGUGGAUAUUGGAAAAAGAUUGGAAUUUGAAUAAUUUUUUAUUUUAUUUUUGAAUUUUGUGGGAGCUGGAAUUGGAUGGGGGAAGGAGAAGGAGGUGAGUUCCCGCCAAAAAAGGUGCAAUCGGAUACGGCAGGUCUUCCGGCCAAGAAGCUUGCGAGGCAGCUGGAUUUCACGGCCGGUUUUGGCGGGGGUUCUUCUGGUGGUGUAGUUCUGCCAGAACACCCGCAGUCCACACAAGAGAUGGCUGUGGCUUCGUCUUCGGCUGUGGCGGCUGCAGUUACUCAGCAACAGCAGCAGCAACAGAUAAAGCCGCAGAUGGUGGCGACCUCCCCUGUAGCCGCUGCGCAACCUCCUCCUCUUACUACAGCAUCGUCGAGGGUUAUAAAACCCGAAUCCCCAAAAGUAAAACCAAGACCUACUGAACUAAAAGAUGGUACUCCAAAGAAGCAGAAGCAGUGCAACUGUAAACAUUCUCGGUGUCUGAAAUUGUACUGUGAGUGCUUUGCAUCUGGCGUAUAUUGUGAUGGGUGCAACUGUGUUAAUUGUUAUAACAAUGUUGAGAAUGAAGCUGCGAGAAGAGAUGCUAUUGAAGCAACUUUGGAGCGUAAUCCAAAUGCAUUCAGGCCAAAAAUUGCUAGCAGCCCACAUGGUGUACGGGAUAGCAGGGAAGAAGCCGGAGAAGUUUUAGUACUGGGAAAGCACAACAAAGGAUGCCACUGUAAGAAAUCUGGGUGCCUUAAAAAGUACUGUGAGUGUUUCCAAGCCAAUAUUCUUUGCUCUGAAAACUGCAAAUGCAUGGAUUGCAAAAAUUUUGAGGGUAGUGAAGAGAGACAGGCUCUAUUCCAUGGCGACCAUGCCAACAAUAUGGCAUAUAUUCAGCAGGCAGCAAAUGCUGCCAUAACAGGAGCUGUUGGGUCCUCUGGUUUUGCAUCCAUUCCAGUAUCUAAGAAGAGAAAAGGACAGGAACUGUUCUUUGGGUCAACUGCCAAGGAUCCAUCUGUUCUCAGGCUUGGACACUUUCCACAGGCAACUCAUAUCAGAACUUCUGCACCCUCUCCUUCUAUGCCAGUAUCCUGUGCAACUACAACUGCUGCAGUGGGCACGUCAAAAUUCACAUAUAGGUCUCUCUUAGCAGACAUCAUUCAGAAGCAGGACUUGAAGGAGCUUUGUUCUGUUUUGGUAGUUCUAUCUGGAGAAGCUGCAAAGACACUUGCAGAUCAGAGAAGUUUGACUGAAAAGCAGGCUGAAGAUCAGACAGAAACUUCCCUUGUGUCAUCCACUCAAGACACGCUACAAAGCCAAAAAGAUUUUGAUGCUGAGAAAACAGUGGCUGAUGAUUGUUCAAGUGCAAACCAGGCUGAUAAAGUUGUCCCUGAAGAUUCCAGCUCAGAUGGUGCUGAUACACCAAAGGAAAGCCCUAUGUCUCCGGGAACUUUGGCAUUGAUGUGUGAUGAACAAGAUACAAUGUUCAUGAAAGCUCCCUCUAAUGGGCUCACGGAGCAUGGCUGUAGCACAUCUUCUCAAUUACCUUACGGACAGGGCAUGACGGAGAUCUAUGCAGAGCAGGAAAGAAUUGUUUUGACAAAGUUCCGGGAUUGUCUCAAUAGGCUUAUCACUUUUGGAGAAAUAAAAGAAACACAAUGUUCAUCAUUGGCUAGAAUAGAGAUAGGUAGUCAAAGAAGCCUCGGCAAUGGAACUGAAGUUGUGAGAACCGAGAGUGGGAAUCGACAAGGAUCCUUUACCAAUGGAGUUCCGAAAAAUGCCAGUCCACCUCCAAUAAAGACAUCUCAGACGGCUGCUGUGGUCAUCACCACUUCUAACAAUGAUCUUCAGCGGCCUCCAUCCCUUCCUGAAAAUGGGGAUGCUAAACUGAAAAACGAAAAACAGAUGUAAAGAUCCUAGAUGCUGACAAUUGGCACAAGGUAUGAUACCAUAGUUAUCUUCACUAUACCACCCACUCCACCUUCAGCUUUGAUGCGAUAUCAAGGUGACUGGGCUUCAUUCUUGGAACUGACCAGUGCUCUGAUCAAUAUAUGCCGGUACUGAUAAAUUUAUUGGUUUUCUGCCACAACCAUCACUUCACAACUCGUAACAGUAUAAAUUGCAUGGUAUUGUAUACACUACAUGCCAGUGGUUGUCAAUAGCUUCUAUUCGUAGAUGCUAGGAGUUUCAUUAAUCUAUCCCUAUAUUUAGCAAAAACGAAGAACGGUUUUAUAAUUCUUUUUGGAGCAUGUAGCUUAGAGUCCUUUCCAAGAGAAGUUCGAUUAAUGGUUAAUUGGUGAAUCAUGAUCGAAAAACACCUGUGGGAAUUAUUUCUUGUAUUGGGUGCUAUUUGCCCCUAUUUUUACAGGGAUUCUUUUUAUAGCCAGGAUUUGCCUCAACCAUUAACGUUCUCUUUUUUGUUACGUUUUAGGUCAUAGUUUAAGAAUAAGGAAAGGGUUUAGACGUUGGGUGGGAUUUAAAUCCAAACCCGUUGAAUGCCAGUUUUUAAGAAUGCUGCAUGAACCAAGAUAAACCCCGAGUUCAUGUGUCUCAUUGUUUAUAUGUAUAUUAUUCUUCUGAAAUGAAAAUUCUCGACUUUGUUAGUA